AUGAGAUUACUGGAAAUCACAAAUGUGGCAAAUGCUAGAGAAGAAGUCUACCCUCCAGAACUGAAUGUUCUUGGGAGGAAAAUAGCAAGAAACUGUAAGGGGCUGCCUUUAUCAAUUGUCAUCAUAUCUGGAAUUCUUGCUACUCUAGAUCAAGCUGGUUGGGUGGAAGUCUUGAAUAGCCUAAGUUCAAACAUAGUUUGUGACACGGAUCAAUGCAAGAGUAUACUGGAAUUGAGUUACAUACAUCUACCUGAUCAUUUAAAGCCAUGCCUCCUCUACUUUGGAGCAUUUAGAGAAGAUCAAGCAAUUCCUACCCAGAGGUUGAAGUGGUUAUGGAUCGCUGAAGGAUUUGUUCAGAAGAAUGAGUCAAAAAGCCCAGAAGAAAUUGUAGAAGGCUAUAUAACGAGUCUAAUUAAGAGAAGCUUGGUUACAGUGGGGAAACAGAGAUCUUUAGGCGGGGUCAAGACCUGCCACAUUCAUGAUUUGUUGCAUGUGUUUUGCAAGGGAAAAGCCAAAGAUAUAAAUUUUCUACAACUGUCUAAGGAGGCGUUUGAUGGGCCACACCACCUACGUCGGUUAUCAUACGGCUCUGAUCUCAAGUAUAUUGCAAAAUCAAGGAUAUUUUUUACCCGUAUACGCUCUCUGCUGCUGCGGUGUAAUUACUUCAGCAGUAAAGACACGGACUAUAUGCUAUCUUUUGUUUUUGUCCUGAAACUUCUUAGAGUCUUGGAUUUGGGAAAUACGGAGAUAGGCUAUACUUUCCCAAGUGAAUUAUGCUUGCUUGUUCAUUUGAGGUACUUGGCAGUAAAAUUUCAAGGCCGUAAGCUGAAGAUCCCAUCCUCACUUGCGAACCUUUCAAACUUGGAAACUUUACUUCUGACGGUACAUUGUUUUGACAGAGCACAUUGUUUACUGCCUGAUGCUUUGUGGAACAUGCAGAAAUUGAGGCAUCUCCAUGUGCAUGGUGCUUUCAUUGAUAUUAGGUUGGCCAAUGACAGCCUUGACAGCUCCUCCACUUUAUAUGAUUUAGCCACCUUUUCCACUCCAAAGUUUUAUCUGGGGCAAAGCAUGGUACAGAUGAUGAGAAAGUUUCCAAAUGUUCGUGAACUGAAAUGCCGUUUGCUAGAAUCCGAAGAAUCUACUGGGGAGAGCAACGCCAUUGCGGAAAUGGGCUUUCUGACUCAACUAGAAUCACUAAAGCUGACUCUAGGUAAUGUGACAGCACAUCAUAUUGAAUUUCGUCUCCCCUUAAAUCUUAAACAGCUGACCCUUGAGUACUUUCCUUGGAAUAUGAUUUCCACAAUAAAAGAAAUACAUAAUCUUGAGGUUCUUAAAAUACUUCAACCAGCUGAUGGAGUAGAGGAAUGGGACAUGGAAGACAUGGAAGAAGAGGAAAUCUUCCCUAAACUCAAAUUCUUGAAAUUGGAAUCCUUGCAGACAGAAACAUUAACUCUUCAAUUGAUUGAGGUGCGUGGAUGUCUACGCUUUACUGGAGAUUUUGUUCGAGAUAUCAAGGAACAACAGCUGGAGCAGGAAGGAGGACAUGUGGCCACAGCUGUUGAGUGCUACGUGAAUGAAUAUGGGGUUACAAAGCGAGAGGCAUUUGACGAGUUUAACAAACAGGUAGCCAAUGCUUGGAAAGAUAUUAAUGGAGAAUGCCUCAAUUCAAAUGCAGUGCCUAUGGCCGUUCUUGAGCGAGUUGUGAACCUUGCAAAGGUCAUAAAUCUGUUAUACAAAGACGAAGAAGAUUGGUAUACCCAUUCUGCGACCAAGCUCAAGGACACCAUUACCACUGCGCUUAUAGAUCCAAUCCCAAUGUGUAAGUGA